AAUUAGUUUAUUAAACGCUUUCAAACAGAACGCACUUAAACCAAAAUGUCGGCCGAUGAUAUUGUAAUUCGCGUAGUUCAACCCCACGAAUACGAAGAAGUGGUGCAAUUUAUUAUCGAACGCUUCUAUCGCGAUGAACCCUUGUGCAGCACCGAACCCAAAGUUGUGCCCGGUGAUACCGAUCGCAAAGACAUAAUGGAGUGCCUUAAGGGCGGCACCAGUAUUUUGGCCAUGCAGGUUAAGGAAGACGGCACAGAAGAGUUGGUGGGUGUCAAUAUCGGUGUACCCAAGGAUCCCUCUUCCAUUGACAAGUAUUUUGAAAACGCCGAAAAGGAGGGCAACACAAAGUAUGGUCAAAUCUUGAAGUUCUUGGGCAUUGCCAGUCGCCAGGCUGAUGUCUUCAAUCGUUAUGGUGUUGACAAGCUUUUCUAUUCCUUUAUGUCCUGUGUUAUACCCACAUGUCGUGGCAAGAAUCUGGGCACCCGCCUUAAAGAAGAACUCAUGGCUUUGGGUAAAAAAUUAGGUUACAAAUUGGUCACUGUUGAUUGCACCAGCUUCUAUUCGGCCAGAUUAUGCAAACGUAUGGGUUGGGAUGUUGUCAGCUUUAUUCCUUAUGCCGAUUAUAAGGAUGAGAAUGGUCAGCAAAUUUUCAAUCCUCCUGCACCACAUGAGGGUAUGACCACCUUGGCGGUUCGUUUGUAAAUUGUAUUGUUAUUAGUUAUUAAGUUGUUUUAUAAGUAAGCUAGUAAAAAAAUUGUAAUUAAAUUUUAUAUAAAAAUUGUUUUAAAUAUACUCCUACUAAAUAAAAUUGUAUUUUUUUAUUCAAA